UACCUAUUUUUGUUUGGCUCUGCUCCUCGCGGCAGUUUCAUCAACCUUAAACAUCAUCUAACUAUUCUUCUUAUAUUAUGUGUUUUCUUAUGUAAUGGGGUUGUUUAUUCUGACGUUUUAUGAUCUGGAUAUGGGUUUAUUUUCUAAUUUUCCAUCUUCUCCAUAGCCAUCCACCCGAAUCGGGGGUUUCUGUUUUCGAUCCUUGAAAUUACAGUGUAGUAGUCAAUUAAAGCUUGGUGCAUGUUGAUGUUCAUGUGAUGGCGUCGCAUGGAUUUGUGAGUUUCUGAAUUAUGGCUCUACAUGGGGAUCACAGGGACAGAGAGCUGAAGAUCCAUGAAAGUUUGGAGGAACUUAGUACUGAUUUAGCUGACUAUAUUGCUGAAUUAUCAGAGGCAUCGGUUAAAGAACGUGGGGUGUUUUCUAUUGCAUUAUCUGGUGGCUCUCUCAUUAGUCUAAUGGGAAAGCUCUGUGAAGCUCCUUAUAACAAGACUGUUGAUUGGGCCAAGUGGUAUAUAUUUUGGGCUGAUGAACGUGUUGUAGCAAAAACCCAUGCCGACAGCAAUUAUAAGCUUGCAAAGGUUAACCUUCUGUCCAAGGUGCCAAUUGUUCCCAGCCAUGUCCACUCAAUCAAUGAUUCGGUGUCAGCUGAGGAAGCUGCCGAUGAGUACAAGUUCGUCAUCCGACAGUUGGUUAAAUCCCGCAUUGUAAGUGUGUCUGAUGUCAGUGACAGUCCCAAGUUCGACCUCAUACUUCUUGGAAUGGGUUCUGAUGGCCAUGUUGCUUCAUUAUUCCCUAAUCAUUCGGUGCUCGAAGAAAAAGAGGAAUGGGUUGCCUUCAUUACCGAUUCCCCGAAACCUCCUCCCGAGAGGAUCACCUUCACAUUGCCUGUGAUCAAUUCUGCAUCCAAUGUGGCAAUUGUUGUGACAGGCGAAAACAAAGCAGAGACUGUGCAUUUGGUCAUCGACGAUGUAGGAGCAGACUGCCUGCUCCUACCUGCAAGGUUGGUACAGCCAAGGAAAGGGAAGUUGGCGUGGUUUUUGGAUAAAUUUGCCGCUUCAAAACUUGACAAUUACCAGUUUUCCGAGUAGGCUUAACCAAGCUGUUCUCGUCGAAGUGUACCUCUGUAUGUAGUUGAUGGAUUCAGCAGUUAUGGAUCCCACCCCUUCAUUUCGAUCCCACAUUUUAUUUCACCCCCUUCCUUUUUGUUUUGGGUCACAAUCUACAUUUUGCCUUCUCCUCAUUUCUUUGCUGGAGUGAUGAGAGAAGCGUGAUUCUCCUUUCAUUUUGUAAGCAGAGCUAAAUAAGCUAAGGUCUCAGCGAAGAGCAGAUGGUUUUGUAGGACAGUUACUGCUAUAGUGCUAUGUAUAUGUUGAAGCCGGCAGAAGCAUCAUUGCAAGUUUGUAAAAAGCAGCCUUCACAGAUUUAUUAAGUUCAUCUCUCUCUCUCUCUCUGUCUAUAAAGUUGUAAAAAUGUGGGGAAGAGUUUGGUAAUCCUAUCAUUGGUUAUGACAUCACAUUAACCACAUAAAUUCAAAGCCUAGUUUCUGUGGGGAAGAGUCAGAAAAUAGGCCAUCAACAUCUUCAAUCGCUUUCCAGAUGGUGACUGUUUUGAAGAGUGGAUUCGAUAUUCUAGCUACAGGGAUGACAUUACUGGAAUGCUGAUUUCAAAAGUUCCAAUCCAACUACUUUGCCCUCUACAUAUAAAAAUGUCAAAUGUCCAUUUUUUCUAAUGCCAAGUGGAUAAGCAUAGCUGAUGGCUUGGCCCAUGGUGAUAAGACCUCUCGUAAUAGUUAUCUAAUGUUAUGGCUCGUUUCUUGGAUCUUACUGAUCAAGAGCUGAUGACUCUUGGAAGCUUCCAUGAGCUUAUCUCCGACUUAGGUGACUCUUCGAGACUUGCUUUCAACUGUUGUCCUAGCCCCUGGUAAAAAGAUUUGAUGUAUUUAUUGGUAAAAUUGUAAGGGGGUCAAUUCUUACCAUCAAUAUUAGAGAUGUCAAAUUUUCGUGGGAUUGGGGCCUACAAGGACCCACCCUCAAA